AUGGGUGACGACACGGAUGAAGGCUAUGAGUCUAUCGUGAGCUCGACCUCGGGCCAGUCCUGCACAACCUGGGCAGGUAUUCAGGGUACUUUGGCCGAUCCGCGGGAAAAAGAAAGCAAGGAGCAGGUAAUUGCUAAAAUCGAUGCACUUUAUGAGUCUGGCGUCCCCUUCUUUACCAAACGGGCUAUCCGUGCACUCUCAGACCAACUGAAGACUAAAACCACACCCGGAGAUAAAAUCGUUACGGAGGACUUGACUGGUGCUAGCAUCGAAUGGAAAGUGAAAAUCGGAAAAUCCAUUGAGCUCAUAUUCGGCGAGGAUUGCCCGGAGAAUAGGAAGGAAUGUGUCUACUCUGAGGCUGGGGUAGGGUACAGAUCACGAUCUAUGCUAAAACAGUCAUUGGACUGGUAUGGCGUUGAAGACACGGCUUACGAGCCCCUGUCUUUGACGUACCGGAUAUGCCGACUUGACCCCAACAGUAAGACCAGGGAGACUAUCCCCGAUGACUUGGAGAAUAUAAAAGACCGCGAAACGGUAACCAAAGACUUCCAAGAGAAGUUUCAGGCCUGGGAAGAAAGCGAAACUUGUGCUCAUUUCAAAUCAAUCUUGUCUUCGGAGGUCAGUGGCCACGAAAUCAACAAGAUCGUGGGUCUAGCCUGCGGUAGCUUAGCCUUGCCAAAUAACGAACAGGCCACAAACCAAACUGCGGUGCUGGUUAGCGUGAGAAAGUGGUUGAAGGAACGGGAGAAGAAAGAUGAUAUCUCUUGUUACAUUCAGGACCCGAUGAACACAUCUGUUGACAGAGAAGUUCUCACAGAUAUCGGGUUCGAAAUGAUUGAUGAUCCUCGCGGCUGGCUUGAGAUUGACGAGCGAUCGGUCGUGCUUUCGGUGGCUCCAAAUGUACCUGUGAAGGAGAUUAUCGCAGACACCGCAAGACCCGCUGUUGUGAUAUGGAACCGAGUCCCUGAUGAGGACACAGACUCAACUGACCCCGACACGGCCCGCGUUCGAGAGAUGAUGGCAGGGUAUAAGUUGCAUGAAUUUGGAGACGAAGAGAGGUGGGCGGAUGUGGCUAUCUAUACCCGCGAAUCCAAGGUGGCUCCCGUUCCUAGAGCGGAUGGUAUGUUCCAGAAUUGA